AGUACUUUCUGAGAACCAGCUCAGUGGCACAAUUCCUGCUGCAAUCGGCAACCUUGCAGGACUGGACAAUCUAUUUCUUGACAGCAAUCAGCUCAGUGGCUCAAUCCCUACUGAAAUCGGCACCCUUACGAGACUGGAGCAACUAGAACUUUCUGAGAACCAGCUCAGUGGCACAAUUCCUGCUGCAAUCGGCAACCUUGCAGGACUGGACAAUCUAGUACUUUCUUUUAACCAGCUCAGUGGCACAAUUCCUGCUGCAAUCGGCAACCUCGCACAACUAUACUCUCUGUCUCUUUCUAGCAAUAAACUGAGUGGCACGAUUCCCACUGCAAUAGGCAACCUUAAAAACCUGCGUAUCCU